UAUUGUUGGUACUAAUCACCUAGUUGCCUAGCCCGCAUGUAGUACAUUGGUACAAUGUAGCAAGCACACUUCAAGUUCUUUUCAGUAAAAUUUGUCAGACAUUGUCAGUAUUUAAAGGACCACCAUUUUAUAAGAUACGGUAUUAAAGAUGAUGGCGGCAGCAGAAGAAAAGGGAUUUUUACAAUAUACGGGACCAAGGGAUGAUAUUACAUAUCCUGUACAGGUUGUUUAUUGUGGAGAAUGUACGAUGCCAAUAGAGUAUUGUGAAUAUUAUCCUAAUUAUGAGAAAUGUAAGGAAUGGUUGGAAAGAAAUCUCCCAAAUGAAUUUGAAAAAUUAACUGCAGGAGAGGCUGAAGGUAAAGAUGACAGUGAUGAUAAAAAGAAACGACAGACACGGGGUGGAAAGGGCAUGUUAAAAGCCAAGAAAAAAGCUGAACCCAAGGGGAUUAAAAUGUGGACACAAUCACGGGGAAAAAAGAAAAAAAUCACAACAUUAGUUGGUUUAGCUGAUUACGAUAUUGAUUUAAAAGUAGCUAGUAAAUUUUUUGCCAACAAGUUUUCAUGUGGUGCUUCUGCCAAUGAUAUUGGUGAAAUCGUCAUCCAGGGAGAUGUUAAAGAUGAUCUAUUUGAUAUUUUACCAGAAAAAUGGCCACAGAUUGAUGAAGAAUGCAUUGAUGAUUUAGGAGAAAAGAAAUAAAAUAUUUAAUUUAUUUAACUU